AUGAUAGACAAUUAAUUGUUUAAACCAUAGAUACCGUACAAAAAGUGUAUAAAUAAGAACGAUAAGAAAAUCUGCUGCCUCUCUCCAUAUAGAUUAAAUAUUUGUUAUGAUUUCGUUAGAAAAAUACCAAUACCUUUAUAAGGAGUUCAUUAAUUUUUAAAGGUAUAACAAGGCUUCGUUAUAGUUGAAUUAUAAUAAACUUAUUCAACCUUUGGUUAUCAGGAGCCAAUAGAACUAGAAUACUUAUUUUCAAUUAAUUAAAAUGCGGCAGUGACCAAGAUGGUUGUUGAAUUAGGAGAUAAAAAAGUAUAUGGAAUAAUUAAAGAGAAAGAGGAAGCCAAAUAAGAAUAUGAAGAAGGUAUCAAGUAAGGUAAAACUAUGGCAUAUAGCGAAUAAGAUGAGGAAUUUCCUGAAAUUAAAAGAGUUAAGAUUGGGGCCCUUGCUCCAUAAAAAUAACUAAAAAUCACUUUUGAAUAUAUUUAACCCUUGGAAGUGUUUUUAAAUAAAUUUUGGAAGGUAGAAGUUUAUCCAAUGAUUGAUGAAAAUUAUUUCAAUUUAAAGUAAUAAUAACAACAAGUUAGAAUUUAGAGUGUAUAUUUUGAAAGAGUGAACAGAUACAUUGAGAAAUAUGUAUUCCUUGAGAAAUUCGAAUACAAUUUCAAAUAAAACAUAACUGCGUCAAUUGAUAUAGGGUCUCCAAUAACAUAUUAUAAAAGUCCAACACACUCAAUUUUAAGUGGAAAUGCAAAAAUUGAAUCAGCAAAAUAGGCAAUGGAGGAAGAACAUCCAAAAAAAUUACUACUGAUGUUGGAGGAUACCCCAUCUAACUUCAUUCCGACAAAAUAAUUUACUCUACUUUUUUCAAGCGAUGAAAUAAAUAUUCCCCGAGCAAUUUUAAGUCAUACUAACAAUGAUGCUUUAUUUACUUAAAAAUAUUGUGCCACAAUAAGUUUUAUACCAAAGUUUAAUUAAACUGCGUUAGACGAUGCGUAUUCACAAUACUUGGAUGGAUUAAAUGUAGCACAAAAUUAAGUAAUAAAUAGAGGAAAUUACUUAUUUUUCAUAGACAGAAGUGGAUCAAUGGCUGGUGGCAGAAUCAAUAAAGCAAAAUAAUCUUUACUUUUAUUCUUGAAAAGUUUACCUGAGGACUGUAACUUCAAUAUCAUUUCUUUUGGCUCAACCUUUAGAUCUUUAUGGUCUGAAUCUAAGUAAUAUUCCUAGAAAACCUUAGAGGAGGCCAUUAAACAUGUAAAUAAUAUGGAAGCUAAUAUGAAUGGGACUGAAAUUCUAAAACCAUUGUCUUAAGUCGUUUACAAUAAACAGUAUGGCAAGUCAAAAUCAACCACUUUGAAUGUGUUCUUACUAACAGAUGGGGAAGUUGAGGCCUUACCAAUAAUAGAUUUGGUGAAAAAGAACAAUUAAGCAGAAACCAGAGUUUAUACAUUAGGAAUUGGGGAGGGGUGCAGCUAAUUUUUAAUUAAGAGAUUGGCUGAAGUAGGAAAUGGCAAAUACUAAUUUGUUUCUGACAACGAAGACAUAAAUGCUAAAGUAAUUGAUUUAUUAGAAGAUUCAUUAACUCCUUAUUUAAAAGAAUUUACACUUUAAUCAAAUGUCAAUAACAUUGCUUAAAUAAUUCCAAAUCCAGAAUCUGUUGUGUGCUUAAAGAAGAAUUAAGAAUUAACUAUUUAAGUUUUAUUUUCUAUAGAUCAAUAAACUGAUAAUUUGCAAUUCACUUUGAGUUGCUUUGAUCCCUAGGAUUAGAAACCAAUCAAAUAUGAAGUUUCAUUAAAUUUACAUACUUCUUAAGAAAACGAAUACUUCCAUAAAUUAGCUACACAUAAAUUUAUAACCUUUUAUGAAGACAGCCUGAAUAAUGGGGAAAACGAUCUAAAUUUUAUUAAGAUUAAUAAAUAGUCAAUUGACGAUUAAGAUAUAAUUAACACAUCUAUAACACAUCAAAUAUUGAGUAAGAAAACAGCAUUUGUAUGUGAAGUUUGUGAAUUAGAAGAUAAUUUCAAAUAGCAGAAAAACUAAAAAGUGUAUAUCACUCAAAAUAAAAGAGAGAAUAAUGUAUAAUAAGAAAUGUAGAAGUGNAUACCCCAUCUAACUUCAUUCCGACAAAAUAAUUUACUCUACUUUUUUCAAGCGAUGAAAUAAAUAUUCCCCGAGCAAUUUUAAGUCAUACUAACAAUGAUGCUUUAUUUACUUAAAAAUAUUGUGCCACAAUAAGUUUUAUACCAAAGUUUAAUUAAACUGCGUUAGACGAUGCGUAUUCACAAUACUUGGAUGGAUUAAAUGUAGCACAAAAUUAAGUAAUAAAUAGAGGAAAUUACUUAUUUUUCAUAGACAGAAGUGGAUCAAUGGCUGGUGGCAGAAUCAAUAAAGCAAAAUAAUCUUUACUUUUAUUCUUGAA